CCUUCCGCCUUGCUCUUAUUCAGCUUCAUGUGUCUGCUGUGAAAUCAGACAAUCUUCAGCGAGCCUGUCGACUGGUGAAAGAAGCAUCAGCUAAAGGAGCAAAAGUUGUGGCUCUACCUGAGUGCUUCAAUUCCCCAUAUGGAACCCAAUACUUUAAGGAAUAUGCAGAGAAGAUCCCUGGGGAAUCAACACAAAAGCUCUCAGAAACUGCAAAGGAGUGCAGCAUAUAUCUUAUUGGAGGAUCCAUUCCAGAAGAGGAUGGUGGAAAGCUCUAUAAUACAUGUACUGUCUUUGGGCCUGAUGGUGCUAUGUUGGCAAAGCACAGGAAGGUUCAUUUGUUUGACAUUAAUGUGCCUGGGAAGAUACAGUUCAAAGAGUCUGAAACACUGAGUCCAGGGAAUAGUUUCUCCAUGUUUGAUACACCAUUCUGUAAAGUGGGCCUGGGCAUCUGCUAUGACAUGAGAUUCGCUGAGAUGGCUCAAGUCUACGGACAGAAAGGUUGCCACCUGCUGAUAUAUCCAGGGGCUUUCAACAUGACAACAGGACCAGCUCAUUGGGAACUCUUACAAAGGGGACGAGCUGUUGAUAAUCAAGUCUACGUAGCUGCUGUAUCUCCUGCUAGAGAUGAAAAUGCAUCCUAUGUUGCCUGGGGACACAGCACUGUAGUAAAUCCAUGGGGUGAAGUCAUAGCCAAAGCUGGGGCUGAGGAAACGGUUCUAUACACAGAUAUAGAUCUGAAGAAACUUGCGGAAAUCCGUCAACAAAUCCCUAUUUUAAGCCAGAAGCGUUGUGAUCUCUAUGGCAUAGAGAUGAAAAAGUGAAGCUAGGUGAAGAGAGAAGGUGCAGUUGCUACAGUGUCUGUUGCCUUCAUCUUUAGAAGGAUUCCCAUAGUAAUUGCUCUACAAUUUACUGCCAAAUGUGCCUGUUAAAAAAAAAAAUAACACACAACACAAAUCUUGGUGGUCCAAUUCUAAAACUGAUUCAAAUGCAACUCUAUAUCUGCUCUCAUACUGAAGUAUUUUAUAGUAUUUUACAGCUAGAAUAAAGAU